AUGUCCCAGGCCAAGCUGUACCACACGCUGCACGAUCAGAUCGCACUCCAGCACUACCCACAGGCUCUGCGCACCGUCUCGAAGCUCCUCCGCAUCGACCCAUCCGACCCGCUCGCACUCCAGACCCGCUCCCAGCUCCUCAUCGCCCUCGACUCGUACGCAGACGCCCUCCGCUCACCCGCCUCACAGGGGACUUCGCGACUCGCGCGAGCGUACUGCUUGUAUAAGCUUGGGCGAGUGGACGAAGCGAGGACCGAGCUUGAUGCGCUGGAAGAGGAGGACGAGGGCGCUAGCGACGAGGAGGAUCGCGCAAGGGAGGUUUUGAGGGCUCAGCUGCUCUACCGCCUGGGGGAGUUCGAGCAGGCUCGCGACCUCUUCGACGACCUCGCUUCCACCGCCGAGCAGGACUCCCCCGAGCUCCCCGACCUGCAGUCGAACCUGUCCGCCUCGACCUCCCAACUCGACUUCCUCUCCUCCGUCCCCUCGCUCAUCUCCUCCACCUCGUCCCUUUCAAUCGAAGACCUCGAGUCCCGUCCCCUUUCUCUCAUUCUCCCCUCCUCCUCCUCUCGCACACACGCCGCCCCUUCGACCCGCCCAACACCCUCAACCCGCCCGCGCCCUCCUCGCGGCUCGCUCUCCCUCUCACCCACUCUCCUCUCUCGCCCUCCUCCGCCCUCCGACCGGUGGAUCCCAAUCCGCCAGCGCCCUUCAAUGCGCGACGCGCUGAUGCAGCAGAAGGAGAAGAUGCGUGGGAAGAAGAGGGAGAGGCAUUUGGCGAGUCAGGGGACGCAGGGGGCUGUGGGGGAGGAGGAGGGGCUGAAGGUGCAGGUUGGAGCGGGGCAGAAGACGGGUGGCGGGAGCGGGAAGAAGAAGAAGGGGAAGAAGUGA